ACUUCGCUCCCAACAAGCGGCAGAUUCCCUCAAAGACGAGUUCAACUCUUCAGUCGACUCAGUUCAAUUUAGCCCGUAAACAGUCUGUAAAAUGGUUCGGUAGUCAUGUAUUUCCCAACAUGUUAAGCUGUCAUUCUGGAACAAACUGCACCGACAGAGGCGCGAUGCCCAUGUCUAAGGGGACGCUCGCGUUAGCCGCUUCUGUGAAGUUGCUGUUAGCUAAAGGCUAACGUUAACACGCUCCCCGCAGACUCCAGUUAACUAACCUAGCUGCUGUUUCAGCUUCCAGUGACAUGGAGUAUCCUCCAAGCAAACGCCUUAAGGCUUUACAGAAUGAUGCCCCAGUGGAAAAAGACCCCUUUGGGGAUGACGAGGACUUUACACAGGACGACCUGGAGGAGAUAGACAUUAUAGCGUCACAGGCUAUUACAGGGGAUGGUCAGCUUGCUAGUGCUAAAAGAACAUUUGGAUCCAUUUCAUCAUAUCCAGGAGAGCAGAGCAAAGCUCCUGUCAGGGAGGGCAGGAAGACCUUUUCCUUUGGAAGCAACAGUCCGAGCAGCAGCACCGUGUUUAACAACAUGGAACGACAAAGAAAUGAUGUAUUUGGAAAUGGACAAAUUGACAAAGGCAGAGAUGAAUUGUACUACAGCAGACUGGAGGCACAGCAAGCAGAGUUAAAGAGAAAGCUGAAAGAAGUAGAAGACCAGAUCUUGAUGAAGAAUGGUGAGAUUAGGGUCCUGCGAGACUCCCUCAGACUGGCCAAUCAGGAGAAGGAGCAGCAGAGACAGACUAAUCUUGCCUUGGAAAGAGAGAAAGUCAGUGUCCAGAGUGAAAAAGAGAAGGAGCUUUCCAAGAAGGUGGAGUCCUUGCAGUCAGAGUUGCACUUUAAAGAAGCAGAGAUGAAUGAAAUGAGGAGCAAACUUCAAAGCUCUGAGCGAGGGGGAAGACUGGUUGGAACUCCCGUAAGAAACAAUACAAACUCGCCUGGAAGUCAUGCAUUUGUAACGAAGGAGACCUUCUCAGCCGAGCUGUCUGUAAAACCAUCAACAUCCAAAUGUCAUCAUGCAGAAGGAGGGAAACAAAACCAGGGCAAAAGUAACAAAGAGGCAGUUGACUCAGACGCUGCCCUAAAUCCUGAUGUCCAGCAUAAAGGGCCUUUUCUGUUGAAUCUGCUGCUCCAACAUCCUCUAGAGCCCAGCUCUUUGGGCCUCUGUCACUUGCUGUGCCUCAGCCCAGAAGCUCUGCCUUGUCUGUUCUCCCAGUCAAGCUUCACAAGCCCAGCUUCCUCAGCUGGUUCCAGCACCUCCUCCACAGAUUCCAGGUUUCUGCAUCGACCUCGAGCUCACUUCUUCCAGCUUCAAAGUCUCGCCAUGUCAGGUUUGACUGUAUUGGCCCACGGUCUCCCUAUAUGUUCUGGCACUCGGCCGCCUCACAGAACCUGUCCUGCUGCUGUCCAUCUCCUCCCCUUACUCAACUACCACAUCAGCCUUUACUGCCAGACCCUCGAGUCCAUCGACAGGUCAGGAAAAAGUCCUCUGCGAGGAAGUUCGCUGUCAGGUUCCUCAGAAUCUAGUGUGGCCUCCACCAUUGAGGAGUCUUUAAGCUCUCAAGAAGAGUUUGCUUUGGCAGCCAUGAAAGCUCUUUACCACAUAGUGACUGAAAGCAGUGAAGCUACGCACACGGUUUUAUGUGGUCAGGAGGGAGAAUAUCCAGACAAAUCAAGUGACAACAGACUCAGCAACCAGCCACAGUCGUCUACAGGUGAUGGAAACUUCGCAGAGAAGGUGAAUGGUGAGCUGCAGGCCCAGCACCCUCUGCUGAAGAGGCUCUUUCAGUUGGUAGAUGUGAAGUUCAUCAGUAGUGCCAGUCAGAAGGAAGCUGUGAUGAACUCCAGUUUUAGGGCAGUCUGUGCUCUGGCUGAGAGAGCGGAGGGGAGCCAGCUGUGGAGAUUGAAGGUGUUGAUGUCGAGUCAAGUGCUGGCUCAAAGCUUGUCUUUGGAAUCGCCGUACACAACCGUGUGUCUCUCUGUGAGACUCCUGACACUUGUGGCCGACUGCGAAGAGAUCGCCACCAAAGUUUGCUCUCUUAACAAUGUGUGUCCACUUGUCCGAGUUUUCCAGUACAUUACAUCAAGACCAGAGAAGUCUAUGACCGAAGAUAUGUGGUCUCACUUAGACGUUGAGGUUGUUCGAUUGUUGGCCAAGUUAUUCACCCAGAAGACGCCCACAUGGGCUGCUCUCAUUAGUGAAUCCUCGUGCCAGUGCAGUAAUGAGGUGGUGCGGACAGUGGUUGUAGUGUUACACAGGCAGUGGCUGAGCAUCAAAGGCCAGGAGAAGCACGUGGGUGGAGUUCAGGCAUGGACCAGUCCCGGAGUUCAGUUACUGAGGGAGGCUCUCAUGUUGCUGCACUGGCUCCUCCUGAACGACUCCUCUUUCUCAUUGCACUGUCUGGAUGUCCUGCACAUAUAUCAUCAGGUCAUCCCAGCCAUCAGAGACACCCUCCGCAAGAUCCCUGACCUCUCUGAGAGUGAAGAACUGGCCAUUGAGGAGAUCUGUCGACCAGAAGCAGAUGUUGAAGAUAUGGACAUUGACGCAGGUUCUUGAUGACCAAGGUGAAGACGGUUUAUGGACAAGCAACAUUUUCUUUUGUUCUGCUUUUCUUCCUUUAGGUAUGUAAAUGUUUGAGGGGGCACUUAGAAGAAAACAUUCCUCCUGCAUUUAUCUGAUGCUCUUUCACAGAACCAUCUUUUAUGGCUGCUCACUGAUAUUGUUAAUUAAAGCAAA